ACAUAUGUUCCUUCUGAAAAUGCGGAGUUGAGCAGUGCAGCUUUACAAGCUUUAGGAUAUUGUGUAUUUAAUCCAAAUAUUUCUUCUUUGUUAUGUGAAAUAGAAAUACAUGAACUACUUUCUACAUUAAACAAUGUUGCUUUAAAUUCAGGAGACAAACACACUCGCACAAGAGCACUUUGGGUGAUCUCAAAGCAGUCCUUUCCUCCUGAUACUGUUGCAAAGUUGGUACCCAGUAUUAUUGCUAUGCUAGAAACAGUACUAAAAGGAGAUUUACAUUCCAUGGUGGUUGAAUAUGAAGCGCUAAAUGUUAUCAUCCGGAGAAAUCCUCUUGGGACCUGGGAUAUUACAGCAUCUUUAAAAAAAGAUACUGAGGGUGUGGCAUUCAGAAUCCUACAGAAAGUAAUUCCAGAACUCCAAAAGCUGUUUUUUUCAAAACAUGAAACAUAUAUUCUGAAACUGUGGCCCCUGUUUAUAAAGUUGCUUGGAAAAACACUGCACCAUAGUGGAAGCUUUAUCAAUUCCUUGCUCCAUUUAGAAGAACUUGGAUUUCGUAGUGGCUCCCCGGUGGUGAAGAAAAUAGCUUUCAUUGCGUGGAAAAGUCUGAUUGAUAACUUUGCUUUAAAUCCAGGUACACUAACACGUUGAGCAGUAAUGAUCAGCAAUGAAUA